UUACUAAGUUUUUCGUCUUCUUCAAAUGCAGAGAAACUGAGAAAGUGUGAUUGACGGUUUCUGAAUUCUGAGAAUGGCGUCGCCCUCGUCAUCGUCGUCUCCUUCGCCUCAUACCUCAUACUCUUCACCAUUAUCGCAGUCCAGUUUCUCUCACUUGCCUGUGAUGUCUCUCCGGAAGAAGAUCAUCGAGAAGAUUCAAGACAAUCGCGUCACGCUUAUCGUCGGCGAGGCCGGCUGUGGGAAAAGUUCACAAAUUCCACAGUUUCUCCUGGAAGAAAACAUGUCACCCAUUCUGUGCACAUUGCCUAGGAGAUUUGCUGUUGUUGCAGUGGCCAAAAUGGUUGCAAAAGCUCGAAAUUGUGAAUUGGGUGAAGAAGUUGGAUAUCAUAUUGGACAUUCAAGGCACUUUUCAGCAAGUUCAAAGAUUAUUUUUAAAACUGCUGGAGUGUUGUUGGAAGAACUGCAAGAGAAGGGCUUGACUGCACUGAAGUACAAGGUUAUUAUUCUUGAUGAAGUACAUGAAAGAUCAGUGGAGUCUGAUCUUGUACUUGUUUGUGUGAAGCAAUUUUUGUUGAAGAACAAUGACCUAAGGGUGGUUUUGAUGUCUGCAACUUUUGAUAUUUCAAGAUACAGGGAGUACUUUGGAGAUCUUGGUAGAGGUGAACGAGUUGAAGUUCUUCCAAUUCCUAGUUCAAACCAAAGAAUUGUUUUUCAACGAAGUGUUUUAUAUCUUGAUCAGAUAUCUGAAACUCUUGGGAUAAGUUCAGAAUUAAUGAAUUCAAAAUAUUCUCGUGGUCUGGAUCUUUCCGAUGCUUACAUUAAGCCUGAAUUGCACAACCUUAUUCAUGAUCUGGUGUUGAAUAUUCAUGAGAAUGAGCCAGAUAUUGAGAAAAGCAUUCUGGUAUUCCUUCCCACCUAUUAUUCACUGGAGCAGCAAUGGCGCCUUCUGAAGCCACUUGAACCAACUUUUAAACUUCAUAUCUUACAUCGUAGCAUUGAAACUGAGCAAGCUCUUAUGGCUAUGAAGAUUUGGAAGUCACAUCGAAAGGUAAUAUUGGCUACCAAUAUUGCUGAAUCAUCUGUGACAAUACCUAAGGUUGCUUUUGUGAUUGAUUCGUGCCGAUCAUUACAAGUCUAUUGGGACAAGUCCCGGAAAAAGGAAUCUACAGAGCUUGUUUGGGUUUCCAAGUCUCAGGCUGAACAACGUAGAGGAAGAACAGGUCGAACUUGUGAUGGAAAAAUUUAUAGGUUAGUCACCAGAUCAUUUUUCAACAAUCUCAAGGAUCAUGAGAGUCCAACUAUUCUUAAAUUAUCAUUGAGGCUGCAAGUUCUUUCGAUAUGCUGUGCUGGAUCCAAGGCUAUCAAUGAUCCAAAAAUUCUUUUGCAGAAAGCUUUGGAUCCACCAGAUCCUCAAGUUGUUGAGGAUGCUUUCAAUUUGCUUGUUCAGAUGCAUGCACUGGAAAAGGCACCCCCAAGGGGCCGUUAUGAACCUACAUUUUAUGGACGCUUACUUUCCAGUUUUUCUUUGUCAUUUGAUGCUUCUGUUCUUGUUCUCAAGUUUGGAGACAUUGGAAUGCUACGUGAGGGCAUCUUGUUGGGUAUAAUGAUGGAUACACAACCAUUACCCAUCAUUCAUCCAUUUGGUGAGGAUGAAUUGUUUGCAAAGUACAUUGAUUGGUAUUACGAUGACCGAACGAUCUUAACUGGUCGAAAGGAGAUGGAAUUCAUGGGUAACUUUUGUGCAUUUGAGUUUUGGCAGCAUAUUUUCAAGGAUCAGUACCGGCUUGAACAUUUGAAGCGGGUUCUGAAGGCUGAUACUAUAUAUCCUGCUAUACAACAGACGCAUGAGCUUGAGGAAGAUUGGUGUUCUUUUCAUAAUCUCUCCCUGUCAUCUCUGUAUCAGGCGUCUGAAAUUUUUGAUGAUAUACUAAAUUCAGUACAUCGGUUCCGGCCAAAAUUUUUGAGCUCCUUUCGUGGCCUACCACCCUAUUAUGAUCCUUGUGAAUUUAAACACACUUGCCUGUUAAGAAGUCAGUCAAGUGUGCAUAAAAAUGUGGUUGCUGCAGAUGAGGAAGGUCUUGAACCAUCAGGUGAAACAAAAGAAUGUAUUGCAGUUCCGUAUGUUACUUCAAAUCACUUUCACAGUAAUGAUGUGGCCAAAAUGUUUUCUGCAAUUAUUAAAGAGACAAGAGCUCAAUACGCAGAGGAUGCUCUAAGCCAUCAAUUGGACGGUGUUGGUUUUGAUAAUUUUGAUGUCAUUGGGAAGAAUCCUCCUUGUGUAUAUUUCAUUCAGGGAUCCUGUAAUAGAGGCAGUAAUUGUUUAUUUUCUCAUUCAUUUGCAAAGAAACCCCAAUGCAAAUUCUUCUUUUCUUUGCAGGGUUGCCGAAGAGGAGAGUCUUGUUUAUUUUCACAUGAUAUGGGUCGAUCAGCAGGGUCAUUCAGGCCAAACGUUUGUCUGCCAGAAGAUAAUGACGUCAAUGCUGCAUCCCUUCUAAAUUUGUUUCCCAAAUCUACCAACAGAUUAAUUCUUAUAUUGGACGACACUGAUUUGCAUUUCUCCUCACGCCUUGCUUGCUGCUUUCAUCCAUCUAAAAUAAUUUCAACUACAUGUUUGUCCGAAACAACCAUAACAGAACCAUCACUGACAGGAGCCAGAAUUUUAUGGGGUCUAAAUCACCCUUACCAAACAAUCAUUGCCAAAGCUGGGCAGAACCUUAUUCCUUGGAAUGAAGUUCAAUGUGUACUGUGGUUCCCAUGCUUUGAGAGCUAUGGUGAAGACUUGGAUGGACAAAAGAAAGUCUUGCAAAGCUUUUUUGAGUAUCUAUUCAUUCGAAUUUUGGCUGAUGAUUUGCGCGAGGUGCAAAUUAUCAUAACCAUGAAUAAUAUCAGGUUUUCCCAACUACAGGUAGAACGUUUGGGAAGAGAAUGUUUCUUCAUCCUUACAGAGUCGUUUGCUUUUGACGAAACAAGCUUUGGAGAAGUAUAUGACAAAGUUGACGUUAGGAGGCCAAUGUUGAUAUCAAGGCCCUUCUCAUAUGUUUUCGGCCUGCACCCUCCCACUAAAAAGCUUUUCGGUGACUAUGUUGCUACUAUUAAAAAUCAUCUGUAUAAAAUUCAGAAAAAUUAGUCAUGGGCAUAUGGGGUUUAGUUUUGAACUUAUCUGGAGGCUCAGUGACUCAAUUCUAGGUGGAAGUUCAACAUAAUAUUACAUAAUGUUUAUUUAGUCGUUACUUCCAUUAGUGCCUUGAAUAGUUUUGCCAAACUAAAACGAAGGCAAAACUGUGAUGUAUCCUUUAAAUUUUGUUGCACCAUUAAUUCUUUGCAAAUCACGAGAACACUUGUUGCUUUC